UUGUGGUUUUUUGCGCUCCGCACUGCUCUUCCAACUGGUAGCCAGUAUAAAAGAUCCCCCUCAGCAUACAAUAAGCACAUUCCCUCUUCACAGUUUCUGUGAAGGGAACAAAACUAGAAUACUUUUUUAGUUAGUAAAGUUUUUUCAAAAUGGCGGACGUUGUGAAAAGCUUCGAGCUUCUGUUUGAUCGGCCCAACGAGCCGCUGAUCACUCCGAAGGGCGACAACAACGCUCUGUUCCAGCUUACUGAACAACUCCUGCCAGAAGAUUACAAGAACAAUGGCAUCGAAUUAAACGACCGUUUCGGUGACGAUGCCGGCGAGAGAAUCCCGCUGCAGAACUUGAGCCAGGUGCCGCAGUUCAGGGUCGCGUCACAGCUGCCAACUGACGCCGACUUCUCCUUAUUCCUGCCGCGACACCAGGAGAUGGCCACUGAAGUCAUCGACGUCCUCAUGAAUGUUCCUGAGAACCAACUGCAAGAGCUGCUGUCCACUUGUGUGUUUGCAAGGACCAACCUUAAUCCCCAGCUUUUCAACUACUGUUAUUCUGUUGCCAUAAUGCACAGGCGUGACACAAGAAAUGUCAAGAUACCGAGUUUCGCGGAGACAUUCCCUUCCAAGUUUUUAGACUCUCAAGUGUUCUCUCAGGCCAGGGAGAUGGCUGCUGUGGUGCCACAAAACAUCCCACGUAUUCCUAUCAUUAUCCCGAGAGACUUCACUGCCUCCGAUUUAGAGUCUGAACAUCGUUUGGCGUACUUUAGAGAAGAUAUUGGAGUCAACCUUCACCACUGGCAUUGGCAUCUCGUCUAUCCGUUUACCGCUUCUGACAGAUCCAUUGUUGCCAAGGAUCGUCGCGGUGAACUGUUCUUCUAUAUGCACCAGCAGAUUAUUGCCCGAUACAACUGUGAGCGUCUUAACAACAACUUGAAGAGAGUAGAGAAGUUCAGCAACUGGAGGGAACCAGUCCCAGAAGCGUACUUCCCCAAGUUGGACAGCUUGACGUCGUCCCGAGGCUGGCCACCACGGCAGUCCAACAUGACGUGGCGGGACUUGGAUCGUCCUGUCGACGGCCUCAAGAUCGGAGUUAGAGACAUGGAGCAAUGGAGAACUAACAUUGAGGAGGCGAUCGCUACCGGCAUGGCCAGGCUUCCCAACGGCAGCACCGUGGACCUGAACAUCGACCUCCUCGGCAACAUGAUGGAGGCCAGCAUCCUGUCGCCCAACCGCGACCUGUACGGCAGCCUGCACAACAACGGGCACAGCUUCACCGCCUACAUGCACGACCCCAACCACCGCUACCUUGAAUCGUUCGGCGUGAUGGCCGACGAAGCGACGACCAUGCGCGACCCGUUCUUCUACCGCUGGCACGCGUUCAUCGACGACAUCUUCCAGAAGCACAAGGAAUCUACCUUCGUCCGUCCUUACAGCAAUUCGGAGUUGGGCAACCCUGGCGUGCGAGUGAUGUCGGCCUCCAUCGAGACGCAGGGCGGCAACCAGAACGAGCUCAGCACCUUCUGGAUGAGCAGCGACGUCGACCUCUCGCGCGGGCUGGACUUCUCCAACCGGGGGCCGGUCUACGCGCGCUUCACGCAUCUGAACCACAGACCCUUCCAAUACGUAAUCAAUGUGAACAACACUGGCAACGCGAGGCGCACCACCGUCCGCAUCUUCAUCAGCCCGAAGGUCGACGAGCGCAACCAGCCCUGGAUACUGUCCGACCAGCGCAAGAUGUUCAUCGAAAUGGACCGAUUUGUCACACCAUUGAACGCGGGCCAGAACCGAAUCGUCCGUCAGUCCACGGAGUCCACCUUCACGAUCCCGUUCGAGCAGACGUUCCGCGACCUGUCAGUACAGGGCGAGGACCCGCGGCAGGUGGACCUGGCCGCCUUCAACUUCUGCGGCUGCGGCUGGCCACAGCACAUGCUCGUACCCAAGGGAUCGGAGGCCGGCUCGCCUUACGUGCUCUUCGUCAUGCUGUCCAACUACGAGUUCGAUGCGGUUGAAAGGACCGACGGCAGGCAAGCCACGUGCAAGGAGGCGUCUAGCUUCUGCGGCAUCCGAGACAGCCUGUAUCCUGACAAGCGCGCCAUGGGCUUCCCCUUCGACCGGCCCUCCAACACUGCGACGAGCAUCGAGGACUUCAUCCAGCCUAAUAUGUUCCUGCAGGACAUCAACAUCCGGCUGCAGAGCACACCUAUUGUGCCAAACCCCAGGAACCCCACUCAGUAAAUUUCCGAUCAGGAAUCAAUCAAUCGUAUCUAAUACUGGACCUAAUUUCAAUGAAAUGAAGAUGUUUGAUCACUGGGAGUAUGGAUAUUGAAUGAGUGUAUCAUGCAGACAGACAGGAGGGUACAUUUAUAAGAAUCUAAACAGGCUAGUGUGAUAUCAGUGGAAGAGAUAAUGAGAAUAAGUCAAGUGUGGAAACAGCUUGACAGGAUUGAGCACAACUUUGUAAAUCGACAUGUGAUGGUGAUAAGAAUUAUUCAUUGCUCACUGUGAUAACAUGAUUCAGUUUAGAUUUUGUACAAGCAUUAACUUUGAUAAAGAUUUGAUAUGAUUGACUUGAAUUGACACAAAUGAUUAAUGAUGACUAAAGAUAAUAAUAAUAUUGUAAAAUAAUCUAAUAAAAUGAAAGGCUGAUAGUAUAAGUUUUAGGAAUCAAUAAGUACUGUAAAUAUUUAUAGAGAAAAUUAAUAAUGACCCAUUGACUUUUAGGAUUUUAAUGAAAUAAAAAUAUUAGAUAGCAAUAAA